CAGUUGUUUUUUUUAUGCUUCCAAAUAAUUUAUUUUUUAUGUGUACGGAUAUGUAAUAAAACUCUAUGUAGUGGUUCGGUGUAGCUAACUAGAGGAGAUCACAUGAAUAAAAUACCCACUUGUAAACGAACAAUGUAUAGAGGAUUUGAAUAACGUAAAGGCUAAAUAUAUAAUAAAAAAAUCCUUUAAACUAGGGGUUUCAAAGGGUUAUCAGAAUAACGCUUCUUAACUUUAAGAUUUUAUCAGCAAAUGCAGGGGUUUUGAUAAAAUCUUAAUGUUAACCGUCUAUAUUAGAAUCUUCAAACCGUCCGAAUCAUCCGUAAUAAAUUGCAAAAAAAAAACCCUAACUCAAGGAGAAUUUUGUGAUACUUAGCCCAAUGUGAUUAUGUAAACAUAGGCCGCAAGAGAAAAUAAGAAGUUCAGCUGAAUUAUUAUCAAUCAAUCAAUCAAUCAAAAAUAAAAAAGAGAGAGAGAAAACACUAUAGUCUAUAGGAUCUAAAUCGGAGCCGGGCCACGAAUACCCAUCUUUAUUGUGACCCGCUUCGUACCGAACGCGAUCCGACCCGUUUACACAGCUUGCAAAUUGUAGAAAUGACGAAUGACGAAUGUCCUAUUUUGCUCGCUGAACCCUACCGAGAAAAGAACCCCUUCUUCCAAUCGAAGACCCUCGUCACUCGGUCAUCAAGUGGCUUGUUGGAAUUAGGGUUUUCAGGAUCACCUGCUUCAUCAAAUGAGUUAGGGCUCUUUCCUCAUCAAUUUCGGCCUUCUAUUCGCCGACGGCCACCGCCAAGAAACAGACGUCGUUCGCUGCGCCGGAGGAUAAGAAGGAUCAUGUUGAUAUCAGAAGGAGAAAUAGUUGAGGAAGUCGUGUCUACUAGAGGUUGUUAUUGCCAAAUGCUACCAUUUGUUCUAUAGUCAAUGUGUCCGAAGAACCUUGAUGAGCUGGCAUAGGAAGUGCCCAUCCCGUGGUGCCAGUUUUGGAUCUAAUGGUGUCGAUAUAUUUGAUUAGAAGACAGAAUGAGAACUUCGAGUGCAAGAUUUGCUUGUAUUAUAAUCAAUAGUUUGUAACGUAUCCCAGGAGGUAGUUUUAGUUGGCUAGAUAAUUUCUGGCCGCACUUUGCUGCUGCUUUGUCCAUGUAAAGCUUCUGUAUCAAGAGCUAGACUGCUUGGAGCAAUAUCCAAUUAUUAUUCAAUGAUCCGACAAAAACCAUCUUAUUGCCUUGUGGUGUGGUUAGGAUCUUUGGUGAAUAAGAACAUGUAGGUUGCUUCUAUGAGUUCUUGUAUUCUGUAAUAAAUUAAUUUUCAGAUUGAGUUGUAAUAGUGAAGUUUCUAUCAUACUGCAGACCUCGACUUGUGACAUUUUCCUUGUAUGCAGUUAUUUGAACGCUAAAUUGGUAUUACUGCUUGCAGGAGUUUUUGUUGAAAAAAAUGUUCCGAA